AUGCUAAAACUCAAAAGAAGCUCAUCCUCCGCAAACACUUACGAUGAAAAUAUUCCCAAUACAAGGCUCCCUUACCUCGUUCUAAAAAUCGAAAGCGGAAUCCGUCUCGGUGAGCUCGUCGACACAAUGUCAUUACAGCCUUACAUCGUUAUCGAGUCAGGCAACCGAAGCUGGCAGACACAAAUAGGAUCUCCUUCUGACGACUCUUACGAAUGGGGCGAAAUCUUCGAAAUAGAAGUCGAAGACCUGCAGCCCUUUAUGAUCCAUCUCUACGACAAAGAUGAAUAUGGCUCCGACGACAUUUUGGCAUCUCUGAUCUUUUCGAGGUCACUUUUCGAAAGUUGGAGAUCAGGAAAUGCCAACAUGUGGCUAAAACUAAGCCCGCCACGAGUAAGUAUCGACAAUCCAACGCCUCUAGACAUUGCAGUUGAAGUCCGAGCAAAUCAAAUUUAUAAUUCUUACGACUGUGGACCAAUGCUGCAUAUCCAGGCAUCUUUUAUGGAUGCACAAACCUUAAAGAAAAUGAAAGUCCUUGUUAAAAACCACAAGAUAAAAGCUGGAGCUAAUCCGUACAUAUAUUAUGAAGUGUCUGUGGUACGAAACGACGGAGUAGAGUGGAAAAUUGAAUUGAGGUACUCACAAGUGUACGCAUUAAGAAGGGAGCUGAUAAGCAUCAUUCCAGGCCUUAGAAAGCUGCCUUUUCCAAGGAAAACUUAUUUUGAUUGGCUCUAUUUUUUGUGUUCAAGCUGUAAUAGAUUUUCUCCUAGCAUAAUUGCUGAAAGGCAAAAAGGGAUGGAAUUCUUUUUGAAUGCAGUGCUUGAAAAUUGCGCAGAAAUUGAAAGUGAGACUUUAAAUAAUUUGUUGAAGUUGCCUAAGGAUUAA